AUGGCUACUCCCAUAUUUGCCAAUGCAAAACAAUGUAGUACAUCAUGGAGACAAGCAUUAUCUGUUUGUAAUUUGUUGAGUGCACCACAAAAUGGAAGCAAAAGCUUUUCCAAUCUUCAUUAG